AUGUUGAUAUCGGUCAAAAGCAGCUUGGAGACUACGGUGUCCUCUGGCGCUGCUGAUGAGAGCAAAGAAUCCAAAUCCGACAUCGGAAAUGAGAUUCACCUUCAACCAUCCAUCCUCGAUACCGAGCAGCUUCAACCUCAGGCUCAGGAGAUACCACUCCGGUACCGUCUCCUGGCAGUCAGUAUGAUUCUUCUCUUCGCAACUGGAUCAAGCUUUGCAGAAGCCGCUUUGUCACCUCUCAAAGCUACCAUGAUAGAAGAAUUGGGGAUCAACAACGCUCAGUAUGGAGCCAUUUCCUCCGCCUCGAGCCUCGUCAAUUCCAUCUUACCUAUCAUCGGUGGUAUAGGUAUGGAUCAUUGGGGUGCUACCUAUGCUGCUAUUCUUUCAAGCGUGUUCGUCUUACUUGGCGCUGUGAUAUCUGCACCUGCCGCCAAUACGGGCAAUUAUGAACUAUUGAUAGCUGGCAGAGUUAUCAUGGGUCUAGGCUCGACGGUGAUUGAAUCGACUCAGAAUAAGUUGUACGCACAUUGGUUUCAGGGUUCUUGGCUGGCUUGUGUAUUUGGAGUCGAUAUCGCUUGGAAUAGGAUCACGGGGAUCAUCGCUAAAGUUACGGCAGUCCCGAUGAGCAAUAUCAACGGAUGGUGGGGGUGGUCCUUGUGGAUCCCAGCCAUACUGUGUGCCUCCAAUCUCGGCUGGGUCAUGCUUUACUGGUGGUUCGAGCGGUCCAUUCCUGUCCAGUAUCGACCACCUCUUGGCAGGGACGCGAGCAAGUCUGAGAACUGGCGUCAGAGGAGAUUCGGUUUAAAGACGCUCUACCGAUUACCCAUGUUCUUCUGGGUCUUUUGCGGUUCUCAAGUCCUUCAGAACGGUGCCGUAAACGUGUAUACAUCCAAUCUCGCCGAUAUCCAGACCCGGACUCGAGGUACCUCCAAACUUGCAGCGGGUUACAACUCGUCUCUCUCCGGAAUCAUCCCAAUCGUCUUGACGCCCCUUGUUGGAGCAUUCUUCGAUCGUUGGGGAUGGCGGAUGAUCAUCGUCUCCUGGACAGCCAUCCUGUACAUCACGGUCUUCAUCUUGAUUGGCUUGACAAAAGUCCAUCCACUCUGCCCCAUUCUAAUCUCCUCAUUCGCACUCAGUAGCGGUGCUCUUCCAUUCCUCGCUUCGAUACCCAUUCUGGUCGGUGAUGAUGCCCUCCUUGGGACAGCAUUCGGAGUAUGGAAAGCUUUCCAAAAUACAAACUCGGUCCUUCUCGAAGUCGCUGCAGGUGCUAUCCAGGACCGUUCCCAGGAUAACUCGUACAACAAUGUCAUCUACUUGAUCGUCGCUAUCAAGUGUCUCGAGGUGAUCCUUGGGCCAGUGUACGAUGUGUUGGAUGGUAGGUGGCUAGGUCAUUCGUUGAGAAUGCCGGAAAAGAAGAGAAUCCGAUUCAGAACGGACAUCAAGGCUCAGGGAGAUCCCUUGAUUGGAUGGCGGUCCGAUCGAACAGCUUUUACUAUCGUCAUUGCAGAGCUUUCCGUCGCUAUUGUUGCAGCUUGGGUGGUAAGUCCCAAUCACGAGUCAGUUCGGCACGCCUCUGACAUUCUUCCAGGUCUACAUCGUGUAUUCCAUGCCACGAUAGCGGUAUUUCAGUAUUCCCGAAUCAUAAGCGGAAAUCAGCAUGCAGACCGUGGCGAAGAAGGCUCCAUCAGGGACCAGGAUGUCUUGUUUCUAGAAUUGUGUUGA